AUGUUACCCAGAGUUGUCAUGGAAUCACUUCGACGUCUGCAGCACAUCAAAAUGGUCCUGCACCCUGAUAUGCUACUAAAGAACUCGGCCAUGCGACCUUAUACUGUCAUGACAAGCGGAAGUAAUGAUGUGCAGAAUUUACUACGAAACACAUUUUCAGACAUUGAUGCAAAUUUGAUAACAUCCGAGGUAAAAUGCAGAAACUUUAUGGAGCAUUACAGUAAUUUGGCACAGGAUCAGAGGGGACAUUUCUUAUGUGAGCUGGCCAAACAAUUUGGGAUAGACAAGGACAGUGCCCUUUCUGUAGCCAAUAAUAUUGUCAUUGCAAAAGACAAGGGGGAGGCAAACCUGAUAGCAGUUUCUGACAGACUUAGGUCAGCUCUGCGACCAAAGUUCAAAACUCUGUUCACACAUAUGGGACGAGUUCAAGGCGGAGUUAAAUUUUUAGUUGAUGUCCGAGCUGAUGUACUGAACCUGAAGCAGAGCUGUACAAGUGAGCUUGAUGCAGCAUUCUACCAAGAACUCAAUUCUGCCUUACGUGAGCUGUUGAUGUUGUGGUUUACGGUCGGAUUCCUCAACCUUGAACGAAUAACAUGGAAUUCUCCAUGUGAUCUUGUACAAAAGGUAUCAAAUUACGAGGCAGUACAUAAAAUCAAGACAUGGGAAGACAUCAAACGAAGAGUAGGUUCAUAUAGAAGAUGCUACAUCUUCACCCACAACAGCAUGCCCAGGGAACCAGUGGUUGUACUUCAUACAGCACUAACCAAUGAAAUCUCUUCUAGUAUCCAUUCCAUCAUUUUAAAUGCCAGAUUCAGACCAUCUCUAUCGUCAGAUGUUGGUGACAGCGUCCCUGAUUUCUAUACACUGGACGCUCCAUCACCAUCUACAGCACCACCCACACCUUCCACUCCAAAUUCAACUUUUCAGUCACUAGCAUCCUUAUCGUCGUGUCCUGAUGAAGAGAAAGAGGACCCGGCUCAAAUUACAUGUGCUGUUUUUUAUUCUAUAACGUCAACACAAAAAGGAUUACAAGGCAUUGAAAUGGGUAAUUAUCUAAUCAAGUCAGUUGUGCGCAAGCUGCAGGAGGAGUUCCCACACUUGCAGCAGUUCUCCAGCCUGUCUCCCAUACCUGGCUUCAGGGACUGGCUACUGUCAGCCAUCACACACUACAUAAACAUGACAAACGCAGGGGAAGUUCCUAGUGUGCCCUUAUUACUUCCAGAAGAGUUAGCUAACAUUGCCCCAUAUCAACAGCUGGGUCAUCGUUCACCCAUGGAUACCUUUAAAGAUCUGGUCCUCACACACAAGUGGUACAGAAACCAGCCUUUGACACAAGUGAUGUCAGGACCACUCAUGAGGCUGUGUGCCCAUUACUUGUAUGUCCAAAAGAGAAGAAAUUAUGCUUUAAACCCAGUUGCCAACUUCCACCUGAGCAAUGGGGCAGUGUUGUGGAGAAUCAACUUUCUAGCCGACACAUCUCACAGAGGACUGACACAGUCUUGUACCCUCAUGGUCAACUACCGCUACUUCCUGGAAUCUACAGAGGACAAUAGCCGCAAUUAUCUGGAAAAUCACCAGAUUCAAGCCUCACCAGAAGUGCUAGACUUACUACGUGGACAGGCUUUCACUUGGUGCUAA